AUCUAUAAAAAGCAAAAAAAAAAAAAUGAAGAACGAGAAAUAAAAUCCCACAUCAGAAAAUCCAGAAUAAAAAAAGCACAUCCCCUUAGACGAAAAUGACAUUUAAUUAUUAAAGAAAUACGGAAUGGGUCCAUAUGCUUAAUCAAUAAAAAACACUGAAGAAGAAAAUAAGAAAUUAUCUGAAAAAAUAAAAAAACUUUGUGGUAUAAAAGAAAGUGAUACAGGUUUAUCCCUACCAUCUUAAUGGGAUUUAAAAGGAGAUGAAAUGAGAUUAGCUUAAUAACAUUCAUUAUAAGUAGCACGUUGUAACAAAAUAAUAUAAGGCGACUAGCCUAGUGAGAAUAAAUAUAUGAUAAGUAUUAAGUAAAUGGCUAAAUUCGUUGUAGGAUUAGGUGAUAAAGUAGCGCCUACAGAUAUUGAUGAAGGAAUGCGAGUAGGAGUUGAAAAGUAAAAAUAUUCUAUACAAUUACCUCUUCCUCCUAAAAUUGAUCCUUCCGUAACUAUGAUGACUGUCGAAGAAAAACCGGACGUAACAUAUUCAGAUAUAGGAGGAUGUACCGAAUAAUUAGAUAGACUUAAAGAAGUUGUUGAAAUGCCUCUUUUAUAACCUGAAAAAUUCAUUGAAUUAGGUAUCGAUCCUCCUAAAGGUGUUUUAUUAUAUGGACCACCUGGUACUGGGAAAACUUUAACUGCCAGAGCUGUUGCAAAUAGAACAGAUGCCUGUUUUAUAAGAGUUAUAGGCUCUGAAUUGGUAUAACGAUAUGUAGGAGAAGGUGCUAGAAUGGUAAGGGAGAUUUUUUAACUUGCAAGAACUAAAAGGGCUUGCAUUAUAUUUUUUGAUGAAAUAGAUGCUAUUGGUGGGGCUAGAUUUGACGAUGGAAGUGGAAGUGAUAAUGAAGUUUAAAGAACAAUGCUUGAAAUAGUAAAUUAGUUAGAUGGUUUUGAAAAUAGAGGAAAUAUAAAAGUUUUGAUGGCUACAAAUAGACCCGAUACUUUGGAUCCAGCAUUGAUGAGACCAGGAAGAUUAGAUAGAAAAGUAGAGUUUGGGUUACCUGAUUUGGAAGGAAGAACACAUAUUUUUAAAAUACAUGCUAGGCAUAUGAGUAUGGAGAAAAAUAUUAGAUUUGAACUAUUGGCAAGAUUAUGUCCGAAUACUACAGGAGCAGAUUUGAGAUCUGUUUGUACGGAAGCUGGUAUGUUUGCGAUUAGGGCUAGAAGAAAAGCCAUUUCAGAAAAAGAUUUACUUGAAUCAAUUGAAAAAGUCAUUAAAGGAUAUUCGAAAUUUUCUGCAACCUAAAAAUAUAUGGUCUAUAAUUGAUUUUAUUUACAUAUACAUUUAAUAUUGUUUUUAUUUUAUCAAACAAAAAUAAAAGAAAAUAUA